UUAUCGAGACCUUACUGCCAAGCCAUGGUUUGAUCUGUCAUUCGCAUCGCUUUCGUCCCAUCACCCUUGCAGUCGCUGGAUAGUGUCCCUCCCUUGCAACCUCUUAUCUAGUUCCUCGGUCUCAACCUUCGGCGUCAAACGGCGAGGACGGACGCCUGCCUGUUUGAUCGGCUCAAGACCUUCGAGCCACAAGCCCUCUCGUGACAAUCGGGCCCCCGAUCGCCCGACCUUACCCCGACAUCAUGCAACUUACCGAGAACGAGGCAGCGGAGGUGAAGAAAUGGGUUGUCAGGAAGCUGGAGGAUAUCUCUGAUGCCGAUUCCGAUGUACUUGCCGACUAUGUUCUGGCGUUGAUCAGGACCGAUGCUCCUGACGAGGACAUCCGGAAAGCUUCGGUGGAUAACUUGGAGGAUUUCCUUCGUGAACACACGGUGAAAUUCGUCGACGAGCUCUUCGCGACCUUUGCUUCUAAACCGCAACCCGCUGCUGCUGCCCAACCGUCAUAUGCGCAGGGCCAGUCGCAGGAAGCGCCCGCUCCUCAGGACCAGCAGCAGCAACAGCAACAGCAACAAGCGAGUGCAUUCAAUCCUCCGACCGGUCCUUCGAAGGGUCCCUUCGGAGCACAGCAGAUGGGCAACAAUUUCCCUGGACAAGCGCCGGGUGGUGAUAACCAGCACAAUUUUAACCGCAAGCGUACAUUCCAGGAGGGCUUUCAGAUGGACGUGGACCGCGAAGAAGUCCCGCAGAAUCGCAAUUACAAGACUCCCCGCCGAGGACGUGGUGGUGGCCGAGGGGACUGGAUGGGUGGCAGGGAUGGUCGCGCAGGGGGGCCCGGGCAACAGCAACCACACACCUUCAACCCUCAAGCCCCGGGAUUCGUCAUGCCCUCCACGUUCCCGCCGUUCGAUCAGAACGACCCCAUGGCGGCGAUGAUGGCGCUACAGAGUAUGGGUUUCCCCCAGAUGCCGGGAAUGCCGCCGAUGCCGAUGCCACCUGCGGGCGCUGGGCAGCAGCCGGGUGAGAUGGUGCCGAAGAGCUCGGAGCGGUGUCCGUUCUACGAGACGCAGGGGAUCUGCUACCUUGGGACAACGUGCCCGUACCAGCAUGAUACUGCGGGCGGGGCGUCCAAGACGGAUGAAUACGAUCCCAAGUCUUCGAGCAUUGUUACAGACUACCAGAGACGAUCGGAUGGGCCGCCUAUGCGGGGCGGGGACCGCGGUCGUGGCCGUGGCCGUGGCGGCGACAGAGGUGGAUUUGGCGGCCGAGGACGUCGGUCCGAGUUCUCCUCUGCCGGUCCCAACGAGGACACUUCGAUCACGACGAUCGUCGUGGAGCAGAUCCCCGAUGACAAGCUCGAUGAGGCGACGGUCCGGGAGUUCUUCUCGCAGUAUGGCGAAAUCGCGGACCUGUCGUUACAGCCACACCGGCGACUCGCGCUGAUCACCUACGAGAACCACGCGGCGGCCAAGAGCGCCUGGUCCAGCCCGAAGGUGAUCUUCGAUAACCGGUUCGUCAAGGUCUACUGGCACAAGCCCAAGGGCGACUGGAAUGGGGACCCCCGGCCUCACCAUCACACCGGCGCGGGUGGCGGCGAGUCGGAGGGCCCGGCUUUCAACCGGGAGGAGUUCGAGAAGCAGCAGGAAGAAGCCCAGCGCGCCCACGAGGAGAAACUCAAGAAACGCAAGGAAACCGAAGAGGCCAAGCAAGCCCUGGAACGACAGCGCGACGAGUUGCUUAAGAAGCAGCAGGAAGAGAGACAGCGACUGAUGCAGAAACUCGGCGGCAGCGGCGCCGCCAGCAGCAGCAAUGGCGACGCUACCGGCGGUGGCGGCGCGUCUCCCGACGGAGGAGAUGGCCGGUCCCCGUCGGCGCAACCGGAGCAUGUCAGCGAGCAGACCAAGCAGCUUCGGGCGCAGCUGGCCGCGCUGGAGGCCGAGGCCAAGAGCCUGGGGAUCGAUCCUGCUGGUGGUAGUGGUGGUGCUUCGGGGCCGGGCUACCGCGGCCGCGGCCGAGGCGGCUACGGCCGAGGUGGAUUUGCCCCUCGUGGUCGGGGCAGCUACGAUCCCUACUAUCGGGGCGGUGGUGGCUACCGUGGUCGUGGUGGCAUGGCCGGUCGUGGCGGUGUGCUCCGUCUGGAUAACCGACCCAAGCGCGUGGCUGUCUCCGGGGUGGAGUUCAACUCCGAGAAGGACGAAGCCUUGCGACAGUUCUUGAUUGGCGUCGGCGAAUACUCCUCCAUCGAACCCAACCCCGACCAGUCCGACUCCCUCAUCGUGGCCUUCAAGGAACGCUACCAGGCCGAGAAGUUCAUGUUCGGCCCCCGCGACAUCCCGUCCGUCGGCCAGGUGGAACUCGCCUGGGUGCCCAACCCGCCCAUCUCGUCGUCCUCUCUGCCUCAAUCUGGCGGUGGUGGUGGCUCCGACACCAACAAGACCGGCUCGGACGAGGAUACGUUGAUGGACACCGCGCCGAUUGCGCCAGGGGUGCCGGAUCAGAGCUCCGGCCGGAAGGACGGGGGCCAUGAUGUGGACUAUGAUGUUGCGGAGAUGGACGAUAGCUGGGGGGUGGAAUGAUUUGACCGGUUGGUGUUUUGAUAGGGUAGUCGAUUUGAAUUGAUGUUCUUAGAUGGGAGCAUUUAGCUGAGCUGAGUUGAUACUCUGGAAUGUGGGUUCCGUUUUGAGGAGAUUAAAUAUCAAGAGAUUUGAGCCCUUUGUUUGAAUGUG